AUGCGGUCGGCACAGCCAUGGAUCGGCGGCUCCGCCAUGUCAAUGUUCCUCAAAUACAACGACUCGCAGAGCCUACAGGUUGACUUGCUCAAUAAAGACGCAGCGACCGAUGCGCAGAUCAUGCAGCUUGUCAAUGGGGAGGCUCCGGGGAACGAUCGGGCUUUGAACUACAGCUUGAUCGUGGGUGGUACACCAGGGUACCCAGGCCGGUCACCGUGGACAUUCAUGGACAUAGGCCUCGACUGGUCUACUGAUGCCGUUGACUUCUACGUCAAUGGUAACCGCACCCGCCACGCGACCAAACAAGAAAGAACUCUCCCACAGACGCCGGAGGCCUUGCAUUUCAAACACUGGUCGACCGGGGACGCGAGCUACAUGCAAGGUCCACCCGUCAAUGCUUCGGUCGCCAAUGUUAAGUGGGUUCGAGGAUUCUUCAACUCUAGCUUGAUGACCAAGGCAGAUCAUGAAGAAUACGACCAGCGAUGCAGAAUAUCGAUGCCAUGUUCAGCAGAUGAUUUCAGCCUCCGGGGAUCUACUCCAUACGUCGCGGAUGCUACAAGACCAUACAAACAGUCACGCCCGCAAGAGCAUCUGCGGGAUGCGGCGGGCUACGUUGCAGCAUCUUUCAGCGUUAUUGGAAUCGUUUCCCUGAUCAACGCGCUCAUACGGCGUGGACCGUGGCACAAGCUGAAGACUAUUCAAUUUCCUGGAACAAAAGCCCACUCUGCAAACGCACUUAGGAAGUCACUCCGGGCUUCGACUGGUGCAGAGUUUGCCGCAAGCUAUAGCCCGCCUGAGUCAUUGGGGACAAGCUCCCCAGCUCCCGAGUACUCCUCACCCUACUGUGCGACUCCUGCACCGUCCUAUCAAUCUCGGCAGCACACGCCGACGCAGUCCACUUCAUCACUCCAUGCGGGGCCUACGCAUAAACCUAGUCUCUUAGGACUGGCCAUCGUACCCUCUCGUAUCGAGGAAGACGAGGUGAUGGAGGUGGAGUCGAGUGGAUCUAGCCAGAAGACCGCGUCCAGCAUCAACGAGUACGAGAAAGAUCUGAAACAUCGAUUCUUCAAUCAAAUUCAGCUCGACAAUGGUCUGGAGAAAGAGGAUGCUGAGAAGCACUUUGGGAAGAACGAGGUAGUCGAGCCUGCUGCCCCAAAUGAGUACCCAGUCCUGCGCAAUACUGUGGCCCACGAUGUUCCAGAUGCCAUGACAGGUGGCGCAAGCGUGGAUCCUUCAAAGUCACAGCUUCCACAAGAGCCUCAGAAGCGUAUUGACCACUUGGCCGGCCUCGUUGUUGUCAUGUGCUUCUGCGUCACUCUUCGACAUUUCUCUCUCACAUUCUGGCCAUACGUGACUGAGGCGUCGGGGGAGAUCAAACACUUCAAAGCCGACCAGUGGCUCGCCUACGUUCUAGGUCCAUUUAUCUUGACACCAUUUGGGAUUGGCCCUUUUUUCAUCACCGCCUGUCGCUUUUUGGCCCAGCGAUAUCUCAAGACUGGCAAUCUCGCGGACAUUGGCAACAAAAUGUUGCUUCGAGCGCCGCGCAUGCUUGUUCCCUGUUUCAUUUUCAUCAUGCUCGAGUACUUCUUGAUGGAGCUUGGCUUGGUUGCCAAACUUGAAUGGCUGCCGAGCGUAUCAUUCAGUACUUGGCCAUACACGACGCCUCAGGCGAACUUUGGAAUUGUUGAACUCUCCUAUAUCAUCCCGAACCGUGCCCCAGAGGUCGUCAACCAUUAUUGCGUUGGUGUACUCUGGACAAUCCCUGUUCAAUUGCAGUUCUCAUUCGUGGUUCUGAUGGGCACUGUCAUGGUCAGAGACAUCAAGAAGACCUGGAAACGAGCGGGCUUCUACACUCUAGCCAUAGUUGCAGGGUGGUACGCACGGAGUUGGUCAUCCCUUCACUGGGCAGGUCUUAUGCUCGCGGAUGCGGACAUCAACCACGGCUGGCUCAAAUGGACACAGGCGAAAUGGUACCGUCAUUAUCCCAUCCUCUUCCUCGCCGUCGGAAUAACACUUGCAUCACCCUUGGCUCUACUUUUCAACAGCAACAUCUACAACUUUUCUUUCUUGGGCUGGGAGAACGGCAUUCAUCCCGAUCCAAUGACUGGCCGGCCCCUGUUCGAGCUCGUCGAGGACAUCAACUCGCUUUACCCAGCUUACAAUGCCCCUAACAUUGCCGUAUUGACUUUCAGCAUCGGACUUCAAAUCAUUGUCGAGCUGUCGAAGACGAUCCAGUGGUGUUUGAGCGCACCUUUCAUUACGUUUUUCCAUCCACACAUCAUGACUGUGUACCUACUACACGGCUUCGUCUUCUGGUCACUAGGAAGUUGGCUAGCAGUAUCUCUAAGCACGACCGGAAUCCCAUAUUGGGCACUUUUGCUCAUCGUCGCGGUGGUCUGCUACGCAGUCAUCCUCAUUUUUACCGUCAUUAUCAGUCCGAUGACGGAAGCUGCGACUAAAGGUUCGAMGAAGAAUAUUUUGCGUUGGGCAGUUGAGGAGCCUAUCCCUCAUCGACAAACUACCGCGCCGUUCAGCAAGCAGAUUGUGCUGGAUAGGGUGGAUAAUCAGCUGGAAGAGAUGGAGCAUGCGAGGAGCGAUCCUGCUGUUGCGGCUUGA